AUCUGCAAGAUCCACAAUCAGGACGACUUCGGCCGGAUCACCAGGGGGAUCAAGGUUGCGCGGUGCAUGCAAUCGCCGUCCUCCUACGGGUGACGAACGUUUGCGCGGAUUAGGAGCAGAAGGUGUAGCUAGAACGGAUGAAUCACAUAUGUGACAUUUGACAAGGCACGAAGGACACCGAGAGCGAGCUUGUAUCCCGGAGCAGCGUAAUUGUUUCGGGAGAAACGAUUACGCUUGUCGGAACGCGAGAUUUCGAUGCUUUUAGCGGACCCGGUCGAUUCAAAGGCUUUUGGGGGGGCAGAGUGGAGGAAUUGAUGUGCACGUCGGAGCGUAGCCUAAAAUGUUUACGUCCCCCGACUGUGUUUACAUUUUAUUAAAAAUUCGAAUUCGGAGGAUGUUAUUUAACAUAUGUUACCGUGAUAAGAUUAUGCGACAUAAUCGGGAUUAUUUUCCUCCACAUUAUCGUUCUGUAUCCCAGAAUUUACAAUUAUAUUUAAAAUGUAUAAUAUGCGAUGCUAAUGUCGAUGUGUUGGAGGUUAGAAUAUUAUAAGGAUUACCAAUGAGUAUACUUUGCUUUUACUUUGCUUUUCUGUAAUGUAAUCAGUUGGAUCUGAUAUUAAUCACGAAAUUAAUGGUCUUUUUGGACUGUAGAGAGAGAUAAAGUUUAAUUAUAAGGACAAUUGAGGGAAGUUGAAUAUUUUUUUAAUGAGAUUAUUCUUAAAAAUCCACAGGAUUGUCUUUAAUUUCUCAAUACGCGUGAGAAAAUCACAGGAGAUAUCUGUGUGUCAACAAUUUGUCAACGUUCUAUGUUUCUCUGCUUUAUAGUGCCUGACAGCGAGCAGAUAUUGAGCGAGCUGGUGGUGUCCGACUCCUUAUGUUGUUCCUACUGCAACGCCGAGUUCGAGGACAAGGUGCAGCAGCGGCUCCACUACAAGCUGGAUUGGCAUCGUUACAAUCUCAAGCAACAUCUGAACGGCCUGAAGUCAAUUAGCGAGGACAGUUUCAAUAGGUUGGCCGGCGAAGGCGACAUGUCUAGCCUGUCCGGUAGCGAGGCAGAGUCCGAGAACGAGGACGAUGCUGGUACUUCGGAGACUGGGGCCUCGUCUAACGAGCAAGCCAAGCCGAGCGAGCCGUCAAGUAAGACUGGACUUGGCAGGUCCAGAAAGACGUCAGAAAGACGCGCCAGGGCAAUCGAGUCGGAUAUCUCGGACACGGAGUACAACGAGGAAGUGUCCAAGGAACGGAAGCUGCAGAUCGUCGCGAGCCGUCACACCAAGGUGUUUUUCGAGAACGAGGACGGCGAUAUAUUCAGCAUCUACCGGUGUCUGCUGCAUCAUAAGAAGGAUAUUCCCGAAAAAGACACCGACAUGAUCACUCAGGCGCUGGGCAGCGGCAGAAAGACCAAGUGGACGGUCAUCAUGGUCGGUGGUGGACACUUCGCCGCGGCCGUAUUUCAGGAUGGUGAGCCUCUCGUGCACAAGACUUUCCACUCCUACACCGUGCGGGCAAAGCAGGGCUUCGCUCAGAAUUCUCGCACGAACGGUAAUCACGCGAAAAGCGCUGGUGCCAGUUUGCGAAGGUAUAACGAGGCGUCGCUUAUUCAGCACGUACAAGAGAUACUGGAGUCAUGGUCGAUGCACAUCAAUAAUUCAUCGGCCAUUUUGUACCGAGCGGUCGGUCCGCACAAUCGCACGGUGCUCUUCGGUGGCAAGAAUCCACCCUUAGACAAGAACGAUUUUAGAAUAAGACCACUGCCAUUCCCUACUCGCAGAGCGACAUUUCGAGAAGUCAAGAGGGUAUAUGAUAUUCUGAGCACUAUGGAGAUUUAUGGCUCCGCGGCGGAUUUCACGGACUGUUUCCCCAACUCUCCGCGACAGCCCGUGCGUAAGAAGGUUUCGAAACCGGAGAUCAUGAGCGAGAUACCUGAGGGAGAAGUUGCUACCGAGUGUAAUCCUAACGCCAGUAGUAACGGUAAUCCACAGGAGAACGAUAAAAUUAAGGCACUUACGCAAACUACCCCGGAGAAGCAACACCGGAAUUCUCGUCCGCAUAUAGAUAGAGCGAAACCGAGGAAAAGUCCGAAUCGGCCACUGCCAGAUAUUAUUGUUAGAUUAGCUCAAUCGUCCUCCGAGUCCGAAAUGGAUGCGAACUUUCCACUGGGCAUCCCUUUAAUUGAGAAAGAUUUUGAGGUUUCAUUUAGGGAGAAUUUACAAGCGUUUCAAGAUACUGUGCCGAGAUACAUGAAGAACAAGAAAGCUCAUCGACAGAAGAAGAAAGUGAAGAAGGACACUCAGAUGAACAAUGAAGUGCUGUCAGAUGCCAAGACUAAAUUAUGGACUGCCUGUAAGCGAGGCGAUAACGAUCUGUUAUCGUCAAUCAUUGAUAAUUUGCUAGCCAAAAUUAAAGAGUGCGAGGAGGAGCAGAACAAGAAAGAUAUCACGGACAGUUGCACUACGUCCAAUAGCACUCUCGUGAACACGGAUGACGUGGCGAAAUUGGUUAACGAUACCAACGAGGAUGGCAACACAAUGUUGCAUUUGGCGGCGCUCGGUGGACACUACGAGCAAGUAUGGUUGCUAUUGGAAAUCGGAUCUGAUCCUUGCAAUAAAAAUAAAAAGCUGCAGACGCCUUAUGCCGCUGCGAACGAUAAGAAAACUAGAAAUGCGUUUAGAAGAUUUAUGGAGGCUAACCCGGACAAGUUCAACUAUCAAAAGUCUCAAAUACCUGGGCCGCUCUCUGACGAGAUAGAACAAGCAGAGACGGAAAAGAAAAGACAGCAGCGGAAGUUGAAACGCUUCAAGGAGAAGGUUAAGAGGAAGGAAUUCGAGUUGAAGAAGCAGGAGGAAAAUGAGAAGCAGAAAUUCCUUAAUCUCAGCGAUAAAGAAAAGAGAGCUUUAGUCACGCAGAAUCGGAUGUUGAGCGAAGGAUACACCGUGGUGUCACGAUGCUUCCAAUGCGCCAUCGACAUGACUGACAAGGUGCCUUUCGAGUACAACGCCAAUCGUUUCUGCUCAAUGCCGUGUCUCAAAGAGCACCGUCUUCACAAUAAAUAUGUUAUCUGAUGGUGCAUCAUGUCUAGCUAGGAAAACUUUUACACGCAAUUACUUAUUCGCGAUUCCGAUCGCGCUUACGAGAGGCUGCAUUUAAAGACGUGUUACUGUACAUGGAUAACCAUUCGUACCAAGUUAUACGGCUUCUUGCGGAAUUUGUCAUGUAAUAAUCUGAAUGUAGAAUGGAAUUUUCUAUUGGUUCGACGUGGUUUUUCUUUGGAAUAUUCUUUUAUAAUAAAGCAAUGGUAAUUUUCAGAAAGUUA